UCCGCAGGCGAAGAUGUUGUCCCUCUCAAUGUAGACAAGAGGUAUAUAAUGCUGCGUGGAAUCUCCGGUUUCUACGCGUAUGCAAUAUUUGAGCACUUGGAAGGAUGGCCUGCUCUGAACAUCGACAGAGCAAGAAUCGCGUUCAAGCUGGACAGGAACAGGUUUGAUUACAUGGCGAUCUCGGAUGAGAGGCAGAGGAUCAUGCCUAGGGCUGAUGACAGGGAAUCUGGGCAGGUUCUUGCUUAUAAAGAAGCAGUUUUGUUGACAAAUCCCCGCGAUUCCAGACUCAAAGGAGAGGUGGACGACAAGUAUCAGUACUCGUGUGAGAAUAAGGACAGCCACGUGCACGGCUGGAUUAGCUCUGAUCCUCGCUUGGGCUUCUGGGUGAUAACGCCAAAUGACGAGUUUCGUGCUGGCGGUCCUGUCAAACCGGAUCUUGCUUCUCAUACCGGCCCGGUUUCCUUAUCCAUUUUCUUCAGCAACCACUAUGUUGGCCCGGAUUUUGGAGUCAUCUUACGUGAUGGAGAGCCGUGGAAAAAGGUGUACGGCCCUAUUCUUGUAUAUCUCAAUUCAGAUGCAGGCAGUGAGCCAAGCAGUCUGUGGCAAAAUGCAAAGAAACAGAUGUCAGCUGAGACAGAAAAAUGGCCAUAUGAUUUCCCAUUAUCAGCAGACUUUCCUCAUCCGGAUCAACGAGGUUCGAUCCGUGGGCAGCUGCUGGUGCACGACAGAUACAUGGACAGUGCCCCGAAGCCAGCGAGAUCAGCAUAUGUUGUUUUGGCCCCUCCCGGAGAUGCGGGGUCGUGGCAAGAUAAUUUUAAGGGCUAUCAAUUCUGGACACAAACUGAUCAAGAAGGGAGCUUCACCAUAAGAGGUAUUCGAGCAGGCAGUUAUAAUUUGUACGCUUGGGUUCCAGGGAUCAUCGGGGACUUCAAACAUGGCGAUGAUGUUAUCAUCAAAUCAGGUAGUGAGAUUCAAAUAGGUGAUCUUGUAUACAAUCCUCCAAGAAAUGGACCGACUCUAUGGGAAAUCGGGAUCCCUGAUCGAACGGCUUCAGAGUUCUACGUCCCUGAUCCGGACCCGGGCCUUAUAAACAAGUUAUACCUCAACACCACACAAAAAUUCAGACAGUAUGGUUUAUGGGACAGAUACACAGAUUUGUACCCAGAAGAAGAUCUGAUCUACACCGUUGGUGUCAGCAAUUACACAAAAGAUUGGUUUUUCGCCCAUGUUACUAGACAAGCAGACAAGAAAACCUAUGUACCUACAACGUGGCAAAUAUCAUUCGAUCUGAAAAACGUGAGCAAGGGAGAUUACAUACUGAGGAUUGCCCUUGCAGCCGCGCAUAAUGCUGAUCUACAAGUGUGGAUCAACAAGGAGAAUACGGGUAGGCCUGAUUUUACGACGGGGAGAAUCGGGAAGGAGAAUGCAAUAGCAAGGCAUGGGAUUCACGGGAGAUAUUGGCUCUUUAAUGUGAAUGUGUCGGGAUCACAGCUUGUGAUCAACGGAAACAACACCAUUUCUAUCAAGCAAGCCACGGCGGGGAGUCCUUUUCCCGGAGUUAUGUACGAUUAUAUUCGCCUUGAAGCGCCAUCUCCUUCAUGACAUAUAUAUAUACUACAAGCUCUUAAAUUUGGUGUAAUUCUUUUUACGUUUACAGAAUGUUAUGUGUAUAUAUCUUGUUGGAUUUAUUCUAACUCUCAUGGAAUCAA